AUAAUGAGAACUACGACUUCAGGUCGCCCUUUCGCAAAGGACAUGUUUGAUUUUUUCUCAACAUUGAUGUUAUCAUUACCGAUCGAAAAUAACAAAAUCCGAUUCAAGAAUUAUCCCAAUAGCUUCUGGGCCGAGAAAGCUGUUACGAACCUUGGAGAUCUCCAAUUCAUAAAGUCGAGCCGAGAUGCUGAUCCUAACGAUCCAACAAGGAUCAUCACUCAUGUAGUGAGGACUCAUUUUUCAUUUACCAGAGAUAUGGCCAAAAAUCUAUGCCAGGCAUUUAUGGAUGCUUACCUGUUCGAAAGCGCAACAGACUCUUCCAAGAGAGAGUUCCAGAACAAAGGGCUCUGCCAUAUCACUCCAAAGGGAGCUCACCUUCUGGCAAAGUUUAUUUAUCGUAACAAGCUGCCGCCCGAGGAAAGUCGACAUAUUACAGCCAAUGCUACAACAUCCCUACUGUACCUGGGACGCGCUGAUGAUGAAGAUAGACUUCUUCUGACGAAAGAGCAUGUCGAAAGUAUUUUCAAGCGGUUUGCAGGAUCAGAGCCUAGUAUGAGGAAGAGGAAUGCUUCAGGUAUUCCAAAUGCGAACCCAGCCGUGUCAAGUGCAAAUGGGCACGACCAAGCGCCACCUGACGACAAUAUUUGCCACGGGGUUGAUGUCAGGGAUCAGCAAUACAAAGAAGUCGUAUAUAAAGAUAUGUUUUUUGGGAAGGCAGCCGUCGAAUGGCUCCUAGAACAUACGACAGUGAUCAGUAAAGAGGAAGCUAUUUGCAUCUGUCAGGAAAUGGUUGCCGCAGGAUAUAUUGAGCAGGUUGGCAAGGAGUUUAGUACUGGUCCUUCACUUUUUAAAGCCUGCGGCUCUGCGCUCUACCACUUUACAAGAAUUGGAAGGGCACUUGCAGGAUGGGGGGGCACAGAGGAUGGAAACAGAAGGGAGCCUGUCGGGGUCAGUACAAGGAGAAGCAUCCGUCUCCUACCAUCUACAGGCACUUCUCAGUUGACAUCUAAUACCAGUCGCCUUUACGGAAUCAUGUCUGACGCAACGGUCCGAGAUCUCUUCAAUAGUUUCCUAAAGCAGCAUUUUUGUGAGGAAAAUUUAUCUUUCUAUCUAGAUGUUCUAGAUUAUAAAACCAAGUUUAGAGUGCUAAUCGAUUCUGCGGAGGCCUAUGGCCAGCUUGCAUCAGAACAGGAGCCGAGCCAAUCCCAUCCACCUUCCCUUCGUGCACUCGAGAAGCAAAUUUGCACGCAAGCAUUUUCCAUUUAUGAGACAUACCUCGCUCCAGGAGCUGCUCGAGAAGUCAACCUGCCCCAUCAAAUGCGUCAAGACAUUACUGCUUACAUGCAGGCUGUAGUUAGAAACAUGGGUAUGUCAGAUGCCAGCCAAAGCAGCAAGGUUAAAAGCCAGGAACUCAUUCAUAUUGCCCUCUUUGAUAUUAUCCAUGAUCAUAUCUUUCGACUCAUGUCAACAGACUCCGUACCUAAAUUUAUUAAGACUGAUAAAUAUCUAGCAGUGGUCAUGAAAAAGCAUAAACAGCGAAAGAAUACAACCAAUACCAUCCAUCCUAAUAUGGUAGCAAGUCUGAGCGCAGCAAGUCAAAGCAUACAUGAAGAGGUGGGACCCACGGAUGACACAAGCAAUUCCAAUAAUAGUGGAGGCAAUGAGCAAUACAGCUGUACUCUUCCUACCCCAGAAUCUAGUUGUAACGAAGACGAGAGUAGAGUGACAGAGACAUUCUAA